AUGUAUCUGUUGUGGCCGCCUGAUUUCUAUGAUGAUUUUACUUCCCGAUUAUGGAUGACUUAUCGUCAUAAUUAUCCACCCAUUCGACCAUCGAGUCACAAGACAGACAUAGGUUGGGGCUGCAUGUUAAGGAGUGGACAAAGUCUAUUAGCAAACACGCUUAUUAUUCACUUCUUGGGGCGAGAUUGGAGACGACAAAAUCAAAGUCAAACAGCAUGGAAACAGUAUAGCAGAAUUGCUCAUUGGUUUCUAGAUGAGUUAUCACCCAGAGCACCCUUCUCGAUACAUAGAAUCGCACUCUUAGGAAAGCAACUUGGUAAAAACAUUGGUGAAUGGUUUGGACCAAGCACAAUUAGCCAAGUGAUACAAGCGUUGGUAUCUGAUUUUACACCAGCAAAUUUAUCUGUUUAUAUCACAACGGACGGUGUUAUUUAUAAGGAUGAUGUGCAUGAUGUCGCAACAGGGAAAAGGCCAAGAGGAGAUUUCAGUUAUUUAUCCUUCAAGCCUGUGCUGAUACUCAUAGCCUUACGCCUGGGCAUUGACUCACUUCAUCCAACCUAUUAUGAUGCUUUAAAGUCGUGUUUUGAAAUACCUUCAUUCGUUGGCAUCGCAGGAGGACGUCCAAACUCUUCUCUUUAUUUUAUCGGCCUCCAAGGAGAUGAGCUCAUCUACCUCGACCCACAUUAUUCUAGACCGGCACUAGAAACAAAAAGCCUUUCACAGUACACAAAAGAAGAUUUUAAUACCUAUCAUUGCACUAUUCCACGAAAAAUACACAUAUCCAGUAUUGAUCCCUCAAUGCUUAUCGGAUUUUAUUGCCGAAAUGCUAAAGAGUUUGACUCACUAUGCGAGCAAAUAACCCAGAUGUCAAAAGAGCAUAGUCCUAUCAUUUCAGUUGAGCAAAGCGCGCCUGCUUAUGAUGAAGACGUACGAAGUGAAAAUGAUUUUGGUAUCAUGAGUGAUGAAGAGGCUGAUUCUGAUGAUUGCGAUGAAUAA